UCCAUCUGUGUCUUCCUUCUCAAGGUGCCCCUGAUGUUUGGGUUCCUGUACCUCUUCGUGUGCUCCCUGGACGUGCUCAGCUCUGCUUUCCAGCUGGCUGGAGGCAAGGUGGCCGGGGACAUCUUCAAGGACAACGCCAUCCUCUCCAACCCGGUGGCUGGGCGGGUGGUGGGCAUCCUGGUGACCGUGCUGGUGCAGAGCUCCUCCACCUCCACCUCCAUCAUCGUCAGCAUGGUCUCCUCGGGGCUACUGGAGGUGCGCUCUGCCAUCCCCAUCAUCAUGGGCUCCAACAUUGGCACGUCUGUCACCAACACCAUCGUGGCCCUCAUGCAGGCUGGUGACCGCAGUGAGUUCAAACGGGCCUUUGCCGGUGCCACGGUGCACGACUGCUUCAACUGGCUGUCAGUGCUGGUCCUGCUGCCACUGGAGGUGGUGAGCGGGUACUUGCACCACGUCACCCACCUGGUCGUGGCCACCUUCAACAUCCGCAGUGGGAAGGACGCCCCUGACCUGCUGAAGAUCAUCACGGAGCCCUUCACCAAGCUCAUCAUCCAGCUGGACAAGUCAGUGAUCACAGGCAUCGCAACAGGGGACGAGAGCCUGCGCAACCGGAGCCUCAUCCGUGUGUGGUGUGGCCCUGCACCCCCACAG